AUUCGAAUACCAUCGUUCGYGAGCGUUCGAAUUUAGUGAAAUUUCGUUGAUAGAAAAAUUUUAUUAUUUACAAUCAUCGGAACUAUUAUAUUAUAAUAUUAUUAAAAACUCCAGUUCGAAAACGUGAUUUUUGCGUGAAUCAUCUUCGGUUAUUUAAUUUGUGAUUUUCAAUACAUCCUUAGCUCGUUAUUUAUUUUAUUUAGAUCAGUGUAUUGUAACUCAAUAUCAAUAAAAUAAUAAAAAACUUAAUAACCGACUAAAUCAUAUCACAUCUAAAUUAAUUCAGUAUCCGAGAGAAUUACGUCGUCACGCCAUGAUGAGAUGCCGUCAACGCUGAAUUCGUUUCGCCGCUCUCCGCCCGUGUCGUUUACCGCGUAAUGGAUACCAAGACGUCCGCCUAUCAUUUAACCCAUCACCAUCAUCAUUUACACCAGCAGACGAAGAAACAGACUUCAGCCGCAGCAGUCAUCGUCCGGUCUCGUCCAGUGCAGUUCGCACAAACGUUGGCUAGGGUGUUUCGUAUCGGCCGCAAGGAGAAGAUAUCAAAAAAAGCCGCCAACAAGGUACGUGGGCAUGACGCCCAGAUAUAUUUAAAAAAUUUUCUCGCAAAUCCCGAAUUGUUGACCGAGAAGACGAUUUCGCCAAGUUCUGAUCUUUGGGCCCUCGGUUGCAUUAUCUAUCAAAUGAUUGCCGGUUUACCUCCUUUUCGAUCGAGGAGUGAAUACAUGUUGUUCAAAAAAAUUCUGAACCUCGACUAUGUGUAUCCAGACGGAUUCAACGCUGAUGCCAAAGAUUUGGUACAGAAAUUGUUAGUGCUUGAUCCAAACGAACGCCUGGGCACCAAGGAUGACCAACGAUACAUUUCAAUUCGCUCACAUCCGUUCUACAGUGGCUUGGAUUUUGACACGUUGCACUUAACAAAUCCACCACCUAUAUACCCUUACCUACCUGGAAAUAGUGAAGGCCAAGAGCUUCGUAGCCAAUAUCGAGUUCCUGAUCAUUUGGAACCGGGGCUAGACGACAAACAACUCACCAGGUUACUGGGUCUGGAUGGCCAAAGCAGUUCAACGACUACCCCAGCAUCUGUACCUAGACCGCGUAAACGGUCCGGCAUUCUUCAUAUGAAUGACGAAGAGAAGCAACACCAACUAAACCAGCAAAAAUGUAACAGUAAAUGGCAUGGUUUAGUAGAGGGCAAUCUGAUUGUCAAACAAGGAUUGGUUGACAAGCGAAAAGGUCUUUUUGCCAGAAGACGUAUGCUGAUGUUAACAAUGGGUCCUCAUUUGUAUUAUGCUGAUCCAGCAUCUAUGACUUUAAAAGGAGAAAUACCUUGGAGUCCACAAUUGCGUGUGGAACCUAAAAAUUUCAGGAUAUUUUUCGUUCACACGCCCAACAGGACUUAUUACCUAGAAGAUCCUGAAGGAUUUGCGUUGGAAUGGUGUAAAGCAAUUGAAGAAAUGAGAGUUAACACCUAUGGUGUAGCUCCUACGACGUGCACUUAACAAAACUGUUAAUGAUAUGACUGUCUUUUUAGUAUAAUUUUGACAUAAACUUUAAUUCUUUAAAUUGAAAAAUGUUCUUUUGAUUACAAUAAUUAUUUAA